CCCACAUCCCACAUCCCACAUCCUACAUCCACCGCAGCCGGUCGCCGGUCGAAGCCAUCAGCUUCUCGCCCUUAUUCUUCUCCAUGCAUGAGCCUUGCAUGUACUUUCCAAGCGGGAAUCCAUCCACGCACUUCUCUUGCCCCGUGUUUCAGAUUUUGGGCUCUCUCAACGCCCCGGUGGACCGACUUGGACCUCCCAAGGGGACCAUCUUCCAUCAUGAUGCAUCCAUCCAUCUGUAAGUCUCUUUCUCUUCUGCAGUAGCCCCAUUCCACAUCGUUUUCCUUGUUGUCGUUCGUGGUCGGGGCCGGGGGUCACAGACAACAGACACACCGUCUCUGUUCUUUUAGCUCUGCGUAUAUCCCUACCUAUCCAGCGAUACGUAUCAUACGGUCACUCACUGGUCCGUCUCUGGUCUCGGCCCACGAUCUGUCCAAGGGACCCUGGGAGCACGAGCAUCUCCAUCCAAGCCGGAUGCGUGCAUCAAGAAACUCCACCGCUGCGUUGUACACACACUCUCUCUCUCUCUAUCUCUCGCUUUCUCCCCAGUCUCCAUGAGUGUGCAGAUGCAGACACCCAGACUUCAACCCGACGACGUUACGGUCAGUCCCAAGGCUAGCCGGGGGAGGGGGUGGGUGGGCGAGGGGCCGCGGCGACGGUCAGUCGGCCACACACCCACGCGCCCUCGUCCUCUCGCCCGGCCGUCAGUCGCGCGCCGCAUCACCACGACCACAUCCAUUGGGCUGCGUGCCUCAAACUCGAGGAUAAAGAUGUCCUCUCUCCCGCGCCUCCUGUCCCCUUCUGUUGGCCCUCCUCUCUCCAUCUUCAUCUCGUCUCCUCUUUUCUCCUUUUCCACUCUCAUCCCCUCCUCCCUCUUCUCAUCUUACUGUUUUCACUGUUUGUCGGUUUUGCUAUUGCUUGCAUAUCUGGAAUCCAAAACAAAAGCUAUACACUUAGAUCUCGAAACACUGGCCUCGUUGAACGCGGCCAAACUGUCCCUGCUUCACGGCACCUCGUCUGCUAUUACAACUCCUCGCUCGCAAACCUCAAACACCCAAGACUCUGGAGCCGGCCUCCUACCUCAAAUCACGAAACACCAUCUAUAAUUUCGUAAUCGUGUUCUUCAAGACACAAGCCGACUCGCAGUCAAUAUGUCCACUCUGGCAGCGGACAUGUCGUUUGACUUCAUCUUCCCCUCGUGCGAGCCAUCGACGCCGCCGAGUUUCUCUUUCGACCCCUCCCUCCUCGACCUUCCCUACCAUCACAACCCAGGCCACAACCGCUCCCGUUCCAAUGGCUCUGUUUACUCCUUCGUCUCCACUGCCGAGUCCACCCCGGAUUCCGUGAGCACCCGCAUGACAACACCUUCCCGUGCCUCGCCUCCCAUCCGCCAGCACGGACCCCUCCUGCUCCCCAAGAUCCGCUCCCAGGACCAAGCCAUCGAGUCGCCGCCGAAGCGCAUCAGGACUUCGCCCAAGACCCGUGUGUCGGCUCCCAGACGGACCACCCCCUCCGCCCCGACCACCAACGCCGUCUCCCGUCCGGCUCACUCCCGUAGCUUUACCAACCCGGAGACCAUCACCUGGAACAUGCCUUCCUCCUUCUGCAGCCAGCCUGAAGACCAAUCCACCUCCUCUCUGCUUUGCUCGCCAGUCAUAUUCGCCGAUGAUAUGCAUUCCCGUCGUGCAUCCACCUGCAGCCUUGACGGUUCGGCCCUAGAGAAGUUUGGCUUCCCGACCUACCGCCAAAUGCCCUCAUACGUACCCUCGGCGGCACCUCAGCCCACCACAGAGGCGUACAUGUUCCCUUCUUACACUGUACGCGCGCCAUCUCCCCUCAGUCUGUCCACCACGGCCACCCCGGACCCGACUCCCAGCACGACGCUCCUGACCUACCUCACCGAGUCCAACCCGGCUCCCUCUCUGGUGCGCACAAUUUCCUUCCCUCUUCGGGACCCCAAUACCAAGCACUUCUGGUGGGACGUCCGUCAAAUCCGCCCAUGGUCCACUUUCAACGCCUCCUCGGUCCUCUCCCUCCCCGGCGCUGCCGCUCUUCUCAACUGCCCCGUCCCGGCGCCCCUUCUCCCCACUCCGGCCCAGACGGCCCGCCACCCGGAGACCGAGGCAGCUCUGCACAGCAUCUACGCCUCGCACUACCUUCCAAAACUGAAUGCCGCGCUCGCCAUCUCUUCCAACCGGCCCAUGCAGCUCUCCGUUCCCGCGACGUCGGCCAACGCCAAGCACUCCGACCUCCUCUUCACGGCUUCCCCAGCCGGCGAGCCCGCUUCCGCGGCGCAGAUCUUUGGGGGCAAGCCUACGGCCCGCGUCGUCGGUCUCGUCCGCUCAUUUGACCGCUUUAACACGGGCAUGCGCGUCGAGGGCAACAUCAAGCGCGUCGAGUACCUCCGCGGCCUCGCCGCCCUGCACCACGCCAUGCGCGAGCACUCGUGCCGGUACGGUUUCAUCCUCACCGAGAUCGAGCUCGUCAUCGUCCGUAACGGCCCCGAGACGGUGCCCAACUUUGGCUUCCUCGAGGUCACGUCGGUGCAGCUCGGCGCCGUUGCCGACGACGCCGAUUGCGAGGUUGGCGAGAUCCCCCUGACGGCGUGCCUCGCGCUCUGGGGCCUGUGCAUGAUGGCCGGCGACGACGCGCCGCAGGGCCCCCCCGCUCGCGUUGCGCACUGGAAAACGGAGAUCGGAGCGCCCGCCGAGGGGACGAGGCGCAAGGCGCUGCCGCGGGACGACUGGAUGCCCAAGCCGCAGCUGGCGGAGAAGAGGGAGGCCAAGAGAGCGAGAGGUUGGAUCAUGCCCGAGGACCCCAUCGGUAGGAAAGAGUUGGGCAAGAGGGGUGUGCGCUACGGCGCUUGCUGAGAUUCUGGGGCCUUGUUUCUUUGAAGUUUCUUGGAUUGGAUGAAGAUGAGUAAGGCGUUUGGAAAGAGGUUGGCUGGCUCCAAUACUCUUGGGUACACGACAAAAGGAUAAUGGGGAUAUUAACGGUAAAGGACUGGAGAGUGAACUGGGAUGGGGAGUACAAGGUAUGAACCUAAAGACGACUGGAUGAGGCGGGAUGAUGAACGAGUGAUGAUGAGUGGCAUUUUUAUUCAUAUGCAUGUCGCUUUAGUUGCUUGUAAUUACACCAAUUUCCAUGUUCAAAUUAAAAUAUUUCUCUGGCUUGCUGGAUGAUCCUCCUUGGUCGACGGCUGAUGAAAUGAAUGGAGGGUUCCUCCCAUCAGUGGCGUGUCCCGUCCUCGUCUGGUCCAGGCCCAGGUCCCAGGACUUUGUCUGAACGAGCGCGCUGGACGAGGUAAGCUUUGGCAAAGCAAGGACCAGGCCGAGGAUAACCGUCCAUCCAGACCGCUCCGAGGCUUUGGACCAUGUUUCAUCGCUGGGCAACUCACGAUACUGCCCCCGGAGACCUGCUUUUGGCCACCCGGGUAUGAUUUAACAACGGUCAUUCUUCCAAAGUCCCCUUAACCUCACUCACCUGUGUAUCUGGCGCCGUCACCAGCUAGAGCCUCGCCGCGGAGUCGCCGCCAGCACGUCCGGCCAUAGACUUCUACCAUACACUCAUUUCGCCUAUCACACUCCAUUCAAGCAAGUUUCACAUGCCGACAUGUGUUCUGUCGCCCACCUCCAGCUGAUUUCC